AUGCAUCGCCCUUCCCCCGACCUUAGCGAACCCUCGCGCAAUCUCGAAGAAUCCAACUGCCCUACUUCCGACGACGCGACAGCGAUGGAUUUGGACCUUGCUAUGCCGCCCUCUGACGAUGACGUGCUUGAACAUGAUAACAGAAUAUAUACCCCGCCCCCGAGAGUCGCUGCCCGCUUCUAUCGCCCGUCGCAAGCCCGUCGCAGAGACUCGGCGGCUUCGUCGCGACGCAAUUCCAUCUCGUCUGCGCACUCGCGCUGCUCCUCUCUUCACCACGGCCCAUCCCGCAACGACAAUGACCAGAGCAAGUAUGUCGCACAGCACCUUCGACGAGCCUCGUUUCUGGAGGACCGACGAGCCCGUCUUGCUGACCGGGCCGCCCAUGCCGAAAAGGUGCGACAUCGUGCUGCGCUUGCCAAGGCUGCACCUCGCGGCCCAACCGCGUCCGAGCUACGCACGCUUGCUGCGCAACAGGCUCGGGAACGCAAUCUUGCCGAGAUUGUUGCCAAUUGCGCAGAGGAGGUGCGAAAGGCGAAACAAGUUGCCGAACUUACCAAGGAGAGAAGGGAGCAGGAGAUUGCCAAGAUGCGCGCCCAAAUGGAGGAGCGCAUGGCUGAGGCAGAGAGGAGGAGAGAGGAGCUCCUAAACAAAAGCGCCACGAAGCGGGUGCGUGGCCAGAGCGUCAUGGCCAGAAAAGCAAACGAAACCCUGGCGCAAGUAAAGGAGGAUACGAAACCUAGGCUGAGCCAAGACGAUGCUGCUGCAUGCAUUCAAGGAUGGUGGAGGGGCCGCACUCGAAAACGCAUCAUACAAGAGUUCAACAGCCUGGGUCUAUCCGUAGACGGCAUUCGAGAUACGUCUUUCGAUACAGUGGUGGAACUAUUGGCGCAGGAAAAGGUUCUCAUAGUCACGGCACGGCUGCUAAGGAUCUGUGGUCUCAAAGAAGGAGAGCCGAGGUCCGUGGACGAAAUGGCUGCUGUUCGCACAUUCUUGAGUGCAUUCCUCAUCUUGGGUCAUCCUACCCAAGUCCUCAUCAACAAGAACGGGGGCGAACCCGAUGCCCUGGGCUCUCACCGGUUACCGAGUACAGACUUGGCGAACCCCCAAUUGCAGGAUUUGGUUGGCAAGGCCAAAGAUCUUCUGGUCAACUUUGAAAACAUCUUUGUUCGACUGACCGCGUCCAACCGAUAUACCAUGCCGCCGGCUCUGGAAUCCACUCUUCCUGAAGCAUAUGCCGUGUUUUACAACGCCUUCAUUGCGUGGAAGUCCCGCGAUUCCAACGCACUGAUUGAAGUCAUGCUGAUGCAGUUUGUGGAGCUGGAUGCAAUCUUCCAAACGGUCAAAGAUACCACAGGCGACGCCGCGGCUAGUCUUUACCGCCAAAGCAUCGAGGACUCUCAACUUAUGCUCAUAGUGCGAAUCAAGAAGCUGGCCGGCGCGGAGAAGGGCAAGAAGCUAAUCUUCAAGGCGGUAAGUGAGGCGAGGAAGUCUCGCAAGGCAAAGAAACAGACUGGGGACAUGAAGCCGCGAGUUGCCGAGGGAUCUGCUGGUGAUGUGACGGCCACGGCUUCCAGCCUCGUGUCGUCUGAGGCGCAAACCCUCACUCCACCGGCGACACCUUCAGGCAGAAGCGAAAGUAAGCUGGCCGUGGCCAAGACUGGGCUCAACGGCUUGCUCCCCGAUAAUCGCAUUAUCGUACAUGAACUGGCAAUCAACAAAGAGUAUCAAGUUCCAUCCGAGGAGUAUGUCGAGCAGCAGGCUGUUCUUGCACGGCCGCUGUAUAUGCAGAUGCGCGCUGCCAUGGCUGAGAAUGAUGCCGAGUCAAAUUUCAGGUAUUUCAUUCUUAUGGCGAAGAAUAUCAAAGAGAAGCUGCAGCGUCUAUUGAAACCCGGCAAUUCCAUGUAUAACUUCAUUGGAGAGAUUAUAGACCCCGAAUUGGCUGAGAGACAGUUCGUUGUGGGCAGUUUCUCAUACGAGAAGUUCUUCACGGCCAUGGGCUCGUUGAUUCCCAAAUUGUGCGCCCCAUUCCGAGACGAUGAAGCCAAGGAUCUGGUGCAGAAUAAACUAAGCGACGGCGAUUUGAUUGAUCGGGUCGAGGCGUUGAACAGCUUCAUCGACGUGAUGCUUUGCGACUACAUCAACUAUCUACUGCGUAUCGCGGCGCCACAGCUCAUAGAUUGUGCUGCUCCGUACGAAGCGAAACGGUUCUCGACAGAUGUUGAGGAGGGUGAUAUGGAUCUACACAUUGCCGAGGCUGCUUGGAGAUUGGCCACGACCAAGGUCAUGAAUGAGGUGCAGAAGCGCGACCCCGAGGGUAUCAACCAUCCAAAGUCGAAGCCCGGGGCUGCUCGGUUCUAUGCCCAGAUGCUGGUGGAUGUUUUCACCCAGCCCACACCAGUGAAGCUGGAGCAGAUACCCGAAAUGCUGCGGCUUGACCACCGACGAAUCAACGAAGUGUCUUGCAUGAUUCAGCGCAUCAUUACCGCCGGGGCCGUACUGCUGCAGUGCAAGAACCUCCUCAAGAGAGAUGUUCGCUCCGCGUGGAAGACGGAAGCAAACCGCAUCAUGACUGUUCUCGAAGCCAACCAUUCGUCAUUGGAUGCCACGGUGCAGGGAACAAUGGCGGCUCUCGAAGCAGGCCGGUCCAUGCCGGCCGUCACCAAGUCCCAUCUGCGGGCGCUUGUGACCAAGGUCCUCAAGGCGAGCCAAGAAAUGUCGCAACAAAACAUCGAGCCCAGGGAGCCCGUGCUGCGGCUACUCUUGACGCGCUUGAGGGGCAAUAUUCUUGCCAGACUUGCGCCAGGCUCGGCGAGUGAGAAGGUCAAGGCGGCGAAUACGGCGGGCGAGAGACUGGCCAGCUUGGGGUUGUCCGAGUUUGUCGAGCGGGUUCGAGGUAUUUCCGACUUGUUGGACAAGGUUGGGAUUGUGGACAGGGCGGCACACGGCGCUUGGUGGGAUGAGAUUGCGACAAAGGUGCAGCAGGAGGAGACAGCGUGA